CGCUCGAUCGAGGCCCCGUCCGCGCUCCGCAGCGCUCCGCAGCGCUCCGCGCCGAGCCCGAGCAGGCCGAGUAGGCCGAGCGCCGCCACAACAACAGGGAUCGUGCAGCUGCCGUGCCGCCGCCUGGACCCCAUCCCAAUUUAGAUUCCCAGCCUCCAUCAUCGUCUACCUGAGCGCCAGUGUGUGUGCGUGCGGGCGUGUGUGUGCGCCAAACGGAGCGGAGGAGGAGGCUGCCCUGCAGUGCCCUGCAGUGGCGUGAGAAUGACAGGAGGCAGUCGGUCGUGGACGUAGCCCCCGUGAGGAAGGUGUAGCCAACGCCAAGGUGUAGUGACGUGAUAAGAUAAGGCCAUGCCGUGGCGGGGCGGACCGCCAGCAGUGCUGCGAGUGCCAGUGGAGUGAGUGCGUCAAGAUCGUGAAAGCAGUGUGGUGGAAUGCUGCUGCCGCGGUGCAGGCGCCACAACGCCCUCGUCGAGCCCGUCGUCCUGGAGUACGCGCCGUCCGCGCGGGCCGCCGCCACGGAUGAAUGAACAGCAAGUCGUCGCAGGAAAGUGAGAUGGAGACCAUGCUGCUGGCGGUGGCGCUGCUGGCCGCGCUGGCGGGCGCCGCGGCGCAGACCAUGUGUCCGCAGGGCUGCCAGUGCGACGACGACACGCUGGUGGUGACGUGCGAGUCCGCCAGCCUGGACGAGGUGCCCAUCACGCUCAACCCGUCCAUCCAGCGUCUCGGCAUGCGCUACAACCGCGUGCGCACGGUGGACGCGGCGCUGCAGUUCUACGGCGAGCUGCAGUACGUGGACCUGGCGCACAACCAGCUCGUCAGCAUCCCGCUGCGCGCCUUCGAGGCGCAGCGCAAGCUGCUGGAGCUGCACCUGGACCACAACAAGAUCUCCGGCGUGGACAACGGCACGUUCCACGGCCUGGCCAGCCUCACGGUGCUCAGCAUGCGCGGCAACUUCCUCAUGGAGCUGAGCCCCGGCCAGUUCGGCCAGCUCCGGCACCUGGUGGAGCUGAACCUGGGCCAGAACCGCAUCGCCAGCAUCGACCCGCGCGCCUUCGACGGGCUGGUGUCGCUGCGCGUGCUGCACCUGGACGACAACCAGCUCCGCCACGUGCCCACCGCGGCGCUGCGGCCGCUGGGCGCGGGGCUGGCCGAGCUGCACGUGGGUCUCAACGCCUUCUCCACGCUGCCCGACGACGCCUUCCAGGGCCUGGGCAACCUGGCCGUCCUGGACCUGGCCGGCGCCGGCCUCAACAACGUGAGCGUCAACGCGCUGCGCGGGCUGGCGGUGCUGCGGUCGCUGAGCCUCGCCGACAACAAGCUGGCCGCCGUGCCCAGCGCCGCGCUCGGCCGCCUGACCCGCCUGGAGGAGCUCACCCUCGGACAGAACCCCUUCCCCGUGCUGGCCGCCGCUGCAUUCCAGGGCCUGUCCAACCUGCGCAAGCUGCAGGUGUCGAGCGCGCCGUUCCUGGAGACGGUGGACAAGGGCGCCUUCCGCGACAACGUGAACCUGGAGUCGCUGGAGCUGUCGUCCAACAAGCGGCUGACGGCGCUCAUGGACGGCGCGCUGACGGGGCUCACCAAGCUGCGGCACCUGUCGCUGCGCAACAACCAGCUGGCCCACGUGUCCGAGGACAUGGUGGCGUGGCGCGACCUGCACUCGGCCGAGCUGGCCGGCAACCCGCUGCACUGCGGCUGCGGCCUGCGCUGGCUGCCCGAGCUGCUGCGUCGCUGGAAGACGGCCCCCACCCUGUGCGCGUCGCCGCUGCCCCUCCGCGCGCAGCCCCUCGACGAGCUGGACGCGGAGCGGCUGGGCUGCGCGGCGCGCCUGGACAGCCGGCAGCAGGCCGUCAUCGCCAUGGCGUGCGGCGGCGCCCUGGUCAUCAUCUCCCUCAUCGGGCUGGUGGUGUUCAAGAGCAGGCACCGGAUACGGGCCGCGCUCAAGGACUACCGGUGGAACAAGCGCGCCAUCUCGCGCAAGGAGCAGGAGUACCAGAAGACGUUCUCGGACCCCGAGGACUACAUGGGCAGCCUGCAGAAGCCCAUACCGGUCACGGAGUUGUAGCUAGAGCUCCUCGCCCCCAGGCCCGCGGCCGGCGUCUUCCUCCUGGGCCAACAAGGCCACGAGGAAGCCGCCCGCUUCGGGACCGGGCGGCGACCGGAGCACCACGCCCACCACGCCGCGCACGGCC